AUGGCGAAUCAGGAACCAGGAAACACCGCUCAGCCAUCAGACAACACUGCUCCAGCAAGCGCCGGUCCCGUUGUUUUUACGCCUGCAGCUGCUGCGCCCAAGGAGGCAAGUGAAUCCAAGAAGGACGACGGCUUGCCUUUAACAUCAGUCGAGGGGUCGUCAGCCACGCAGGCGGGCGGGGCGGCAACGUCUUCCGCAGCCGAAGCCAACCCAACGGAUCCCUUGAAUUUUGGUCGCCAUCGACGUGAAAAUGUCAGCAAGCGCCAGAUGAAAAUCGACCAUCCUAAUGGGAACAAGAAAGAGCUCAAGAAGUUCUACACCCGACAGAAUGAGCUUAUUGAUCAAUUCUUGGGUGCCGACGAUGAGGAACGGUUGCAAGUGGAGGAGGAUGCCCGGGUGGCUCCAAAGAUCAAGUUCGCCGUCAAUGCCUCCUUUACGGUGAACUUUUGCCUUUUCGUAAUUCAGCUAUACGCUGCCGUCUCGACUGGGUCGCUAUCGCUCUUCGCCACUGCUGCUGAUGCUUUUAUGGACCUCGUCUCGUCUUUUGUAAUGCUGAUAACUUCCCGUAUGGCCGCUAGAGCUAGCAUAUAUAAAUAUCCAGUAGGCCGCACAAGGAUUGAGACCAUUGGAAUUAUCCUCUUUUGUGCCCUAAUGACUACCGUUGCGAUCCAACUGCUCGUCGAGUCGGCACGUACCCUCGGCGGAGGGCCAUCCGAAUCUAAUGACCUCCAAAUCAUCCCCAUCGUAUUCGUGGGUAUUGCCAUCUUUGCAAAGGGCAGUCUGAUGCUUUACUGCCUCGCGUACCGCAGAUAUCCAUCAGUACAUGUCUUCUUCAUCGAUCAUCGCAACGAUAUCGUUGUCAACAUAUUCGGUCUGGUCAUGUCAAUAGUCGGAGACCGGUUUAUCUGGUAUCUAGAUCCUAUUGGUGCUAUAUGCAUCGCACUCCUAAUCCUUUUCUCCUGGAUUUCCAAUGCCUUCGAGCAAGUAUGGCUACUCGUGGGCAAGUCGGCUCCAAAGGAGUUUGUUUCUAAGCUCAUCUACAUAAGCAUGACCCACGAUCCCCUGGUUCAGAAGGUGGACACGUGCCGGGCAUACCAUGCUGGACAAAAAUAUUAUGUCGAAGUUGAUAUUGUUAUGGAUCAGGAUAUCCCGCUGAAGAUCUCACACGAUGUGAGCCAAUCUUUGCAGAGGAAGCUUGAAGGCUUAGGUGAUGUCGAACGGGCAUUUGUCCAUGUUGACUACAACGACGACCACGACAUCCACGAAGAGCACAAACCCCUUUAUGAAGAGAAGAAGCAGGGUCGAACCUUGAAAGAUAUACUGCUCUUCCGAAAGAAAGAAGGUGAAGAGGAACUUAGAAGACAGGAGGUAUCGGGAUAA